GUUGACAACACUGAAAUAAUAUAUACCGUCGAAGAAUUAACCGAUACGCUGAACGAACUUGAAAAAUGGAUUGAUGGCAAGACGGAUUUACAUCAUCCAUAUAGAUUAAACUUGACUGAUGAUGAAGCGACGAAAGUGGGAUCAGAUAUCGAGAUCGUUUUACACAAUAUUGGUCACAACAUGCUUGGUUACAUUAUGCAUCCUUAUACAAUUAAUGCUCCGCCAAGUGUCCUUGUCGGCGCUCGUGCCGGUACACGUGAUCCGUUAUUUUGGAGAUGGCAUCGUCAUCUCGAUAACAUUUAUCUUAAAUGGCAGUUCCUAUUAGGACCUCGUAAUUAUAGUGACGAUAUUCCUCCCAUAACUAUUCGAGAGAAAGAUUUAAUCCUUGCCUUUACCGAUGAAUUAAUUAAGGUUAAUGAGACGGGAGUGAAUGAUACCUGGGUUAAGUACGCAAAUGAGACCUUUGGUGGCGAGAAUUUCGACAAGGAUGUCUCUAAUCUUCCCGUGGUCACCAAAACAUUGGAAACUAAGAUGAAGAUUAGAGAUUAUGUUUGGUUGGAAGAUGGUAUGGAUACAGAAAGGAUUCAAUAUUUAUACCCAAGAGAUUGGAUAUGGUUUAUGCGCGUGCAGAAUAAUUCACCAAAGCCCGCAACGGUAACGUUUCGCGUUUUUAUUUGUCCAAUUGAAUUGGUCGAUUCGACCGUUCAUUGGGUCGAAAUUGAUAAAUUCAAAAGGACAAUAGGGCCUUAUGAAAAAACCGUUGUUUCUCAAAAAUGUGAUGAAGCGGUGGCAAUUCGAAAACCGGCACAAAAAACUACCGAACAAAUGGACGCAACAACACUUCCGGAGUGGCGAAGAUCAAAGCUAGACAAGCUUAACUUUGCUGAAGUAGCGGAAGAAAUCUUUUGUGACUGCGGAUGGCCAUAUAAUUUAAUCAUACCUCGUGGAAGCAAAUUAGGUUCAAAGUUUAAACUUUUUGUUUACGCUUCUGAUGGUACAAAUGAUUUAGUUAGAACAGAUACGCAAUGCGGCAGCGUAUUAUUAUGUGGUGGUGAAAAAUGGACGGACAAAAUCCCUGAUAAUAAACCUUUGGGUUAUCCUUUUGAUCGACCUUUAAAAGAUGGUUCGUUUUAUAAAAAUUUUGAAGGCAUGGAUAAUGUAGCUUUUACCGAUAUUACGAUUAAAUGGGUUGAAGAUUUCCCAGAA